CGAGCUAUGAUGGUUUGCUUAUGUUUGCUUCAUGUUCUAGCUGCUGAGUAGGGGAUGAGAUUCAACCUCACUCUGGUUGAGGAGAUGCUGAAUUUUUCACGUUUCUGUUCUUGGCGUGAAAUUUUCUCCCCCAACCUCCCUGGCCUUUCACGCCCCUUCUACUUCUCCGGACUGCGGUCAUUUUCGACGCCCCUGUUGAUGCGUGUCCAUGUGCCGCAUGCGCUCUUCGACGGGAGCGCCAAUUUCCAUGAUGCCCACGGUGCCAUGGAGGAGAGGACGAGCAUGGAGAACGAGCCGGCAGAACCGGCAGAACCGGGACCGGUGGACCGUGUGGACACCGUGCAGCUGGAAGCGCCACCGGCACCGGAGUGGGCCGCGGCGGAUGCUGAGGGGCCUGAGUCGCAGCCAGAGGACGUGGCCGCGCCCGUGUCGCCCGCGUUGUCCGCGUCGCCGGUGUUGCCGGAGCCCCCCGCAGCCGUGCCGCGGCAGCGGGCGGCGACCGGCGGAGCCGCGGCAGAGGGCGAUGGAGGCGAUCGCGAGGUGGACGUGGCGCGGAAGGCCAAGUCCUCGGAGGAGGUUGAUGGAAGGCAAGCGAAGAAGGCGAGGAAUAAGGGGGUGAAAAAGAAGAAGAAGGUCGCCUAUGGAGCCACGGAGGAACCAGAGGAAGAAGCUGAGGAAGAUGUGAGACCAAACGUCAUCGGGUGUCCCUCGGAAGCGAUCAAAGUGGAAAUUGUGGCUGAUGGAGUUCAGGGUCCUAUCAGCGAUCGACCAGCCAGGAUGCCUCCAUACUUGCCGUUCCACUUUCGGCUGGAUGUCUCUGCGAUCAAGAUUGGCAAGUCCUUCCCAGAGGGCUGGCGGCAUAUCCUGAAAGCAAAGCUGGAGAUGGAGUGGCGAUAUUGUCGGAAAGACCAGGGGCGCGCCUGGAUCGCCGCCGAGGAGCUGCCGUGCGAGAUUCGAGAUGCAGCCUUGCAACAUCAGAAGAGUCUUGAGUACGUUUGGACAGGCAUCAAGGAACGAAAAGAGGAGAGUUGGCAGUGCAAGGAGACAGGUCAGAAGACCUUCCCCAUGAGGGUCAUCGACUUUGAGACGAUCCCGGGCCAUUCCCUACGGAAGGAGGAUCUCCCUGAAACGGCACUUCACCAGGGGCGAGAGGAGGAUGUUUGGUGCCACAUGAUCUAUGACCUCAGCACGGAUCCGCUGCUGAAAGAGAUUGGUCAUGAAGGCCCCACCAAGUUUUCAGCCUUGAUGCUUCUCUACAUCUCCUACCUUGAGGGGGAGAAGUCGAAGCACGCCACCGAGAUUCGCAUUGCUCACAUCGACCACUUCGAGUUCGCGUUUUGUUUACCGCGCUCGCCCUACAGCUCUUGCACACUGGAGGAGCCUGAGGAGGGUCUGGCCAGGUGGUUUCCAGCAGACCUUGAGAACUCGCGGCCCCUCGAGACCUUGAUGGCAGAGGCGCGGGCUAGCUUGACCUGGCUCUUUUGGGAUUGCUUCGAAGAGCUGUUCCCCAAGGAGACCUUGACCAAGAAAAGCACUAAGAGGCAGACAGCCUUCGCUGACAGGGUCAAAUCCUUGGUCUACACUAACGGCACCAAGGACCUGCGCGACUGCGAGACGCGCGGCGAGGCGAUGGGCGCCUUGCUGUCGGUGGUCCGGGCCCAGGCCUUUCAGUUUCCCUUCCGCGUGCUGGUGCGUGAAGUGGAGCCCGAGGGGCUGCUGCCGGCGAUCGAGAAGGCAGCCAAUUUGGCGAUUCAGGACUAUCAAGAUUCCAUGAGCAACGAAGGUGGCCUGCUGCCACGUCAGUGGGCGAACAAGUCCUCCCCGCCUUUGCAACUGAAGGAGCCCAAAGCUGGCUUGAAGCUGUUGACGGAGCUGGAGGUCGCUCCCCUGCAGGGUCCGCGCUUGGCUUUGAUCAAGUGCACGGGAGUCAUCAAGGUGGACCGCUCUGAGCUGCGGCACGACGAGCCGGAGGAGGAGGAGCACCAGGCUGACAGCGGCGAGGCUCAGGAGACAGAGCAGGAGGAGCACCCGGAGGAGGAGGGGAUGAUCAUGACCGUGGACCUGUCCAGGUGGAAGGAAGGCGAACUCACGGUUGCCGACCUCAACAUCGACGAUCACCAGUCCAUCCGGGAGACCUUAACGGCUGUGGAGUACAUGGAGGAGGUCAUGCGGGAGAAAGAUGUGCCUCCAGUGAAGGGAAGCCAGGAAGAUCCGCGAAAAGACCUGAAGGCCAAGAUGGCAGAAUUAGCCUUUGGGCUGCGUGCGCUGCAACGGGCCUCGCUGAAGCAUCAGCUGCGCUCGGUGGGCUUGGCAGUGCUGGAGACGGAGCGCGAGGUGGCCACUAGCUCCGCCUCCGCUGUUGUUUGGUCUCAGGCUUAUCAGCAUUUUGGACGGCAAGAGGAGUUGUCCCCGAGCGCUGAACCUGAAGAGAAGCCUGUCCAGCGGGUGCUGUUGCUCAGCGCGCCAGAGCUCAUCUUGCGGCGCCGGGCGGAGGUGCGGAAGCUCCGUCGGAGGGUCUUGCCCAACAAGGUGAAUGAGGAGUUCUUGGGAGGUUUCAAGAUGGAGCAGUUCGACCAAAAGGGCCCACUGCAGAAGUACUGGGUGGAGACCCCUCAGAGCUCCUAUCCCUACCGCCCCUUCUUCCAGCCCCCGGCGCCCGCCGUCGACCCGGCGGCCCUGCUGUCCCCCGCGGAGCGGAAGUUCCUCACGAGGAGCUUCAUCACCGACCCGCUCUCGGAGAUUCUGGGCCCCGGCGGGACGGUCGACCCGCGGCAGGGCGGAGCGAACAUGGACCCUCGUCAGCUCUUGACAGAUGGGACGAUCGAGCACGGAUUGCUGCAUCUCCACAGCCACAUGAGCGCCAUCCAUCUCACCAACAGCUUUGUCUAUCCUUGGAGGUCCAAGGGCUGGCGACAUUACUAUUUGGUCUCCUGGUGCCGAUGCGACACCGCGUUGGUCUUGCAUCACUUUGGUCCCAAGAUCGGUAGCUACUUCGACUUCCUUGAGACCUACGUCUCCUUCCUGCUCCUGGCCUCAGUGCUAGGCAUUUUCGCAGAGAUCAGUGGACCACCAAAUGUCCAUGCAAAUUCAGGCUUUUGGAAGUUCGUCCAGCCGAUCUUUGGAGUUUGCAUGUCCAUUUGGGGCACCUUCUUCUGCAUCUUCUGGCGCCGACGCUGCGCGUGGCUCUCGCACAGCUGGGGCAAUGGCUGGAUUGAGGAGGGCGAAGACCUCCGCGGCCCGGGCGACCACCGGAGCGGUCGCCGCGUGCGGCCGGAGUUCGCGCUGCAGUGGCGCCAGGGUUUCGCCAAGGCACGCCCCGAACGGCAAGAAGACACGCUCACGAUGUUGAAGACCCUCUUGCGCGCUCCCAACUCCGCCCACUUCGACGACAGGGCCUUGACCUGCGACAUCAUGCGCUUCGAUGAAGCUUGUUACUUGAGCGAUUGGGUUCAGCUCUAUCGCUUUCUGGUGUCUUACUUGGCGUCUGGUGCCUUCAUCUUAUUGGCCUCCGGUGCGACCUACGGGGCCUUAGCAGCCAAUAAGCUGCUGGGGCUCAGUGGCACCACGGCGGGCUAUGCAGUGACAGGCUUCACCACCAGCGUGCUGGUGCCUUUGUUGAAUACGAUCCACUACCAGGUGGUUGUCAAGACCAACAACUACCAGCUCUUCAGAGAAGACAGAGAACGGGAGAAGGAUUUGUUUGACCGCCUCUUCGUCUUCAAUCUCUUCAACACCUACAACAGCUUGCUUUGGAUUGCCUUUGCCGAGAGGAACAUGGAGCAGCUUCGCGUGCAGGUGCUGUUCCUUUGUUUGAGCUCCAUCUUCAUGAACAAUCUGCUGGAGUUCUUUUGGUCCCACUUCGUGAAGCAGUUUCAGAAGAUGAACCAUCGGGGCUCCAUCGGCCAGGGCCUGCGGCAGACGUUGCGCUACAUGUUGGUGGGCGAUCCCCUCGAGGAGGAGACGAAGAUCAGCUUGGUGGAUCCCAUCAAGACCGCGCUGGACCACGUGACGGACGAGAUCACACGCGACUAUGCAUUCGAGUUGGUGGACGAGGCCAUUGAGCUGGUGAUCCAGUAUGGCUUGAUCAUGAUGUUCACUGUGGCCUUUCCCUUGGCGCCUCUGCUGGCCUUGAUCAACGUACACAUCGAGAAGCGCUUGGAUGCUUAUAAGCUGGUGAAGCUUAUGCAGUCACCAGAGCCUCGCAUGGUUGUGGGCAUGGGAAGGGCCUUUAAUGCCUUCGUGAUCGUCACAGGGCUGGGGCUCGUUGUUAGCGGCUUGCUGCUCUAUUUCCCCCAGUAUGCUGGUGAUGCUUGCCAAAACUGCACCCGGGGGACCAGCAUCGAGCUCAUCUUACCGCAGGCCACGACGGAGGAGCGGCUCUUUCUCCUGGGCGCAGGGGAACAUGUCUUGCUCAUCAUCAUGUACGCAUGCUUCACCCCGGCGUCGAUGGGCAAGGACAUCAUCCAUGAGCAGUACCGCCAGAAGUUUUACGAGAACCGCCUGCAGACCGUUCAGAGCGUCGACUCACGCCGGCGCACAGUGCAGGCGAUGCCCAGCGCACGCGGCUAAGCGAUUCUUAUUGUGGGGAGCUACUGUGGAUGUGGCUGCAAAUGCAAGGAUAUCAAC